AAGCCGGAGCACUGCACCCACCGCCGUGGACCGCUCCCGCAAGAGACGCUCACAUGCACCCACUGCUUUUAGCAGCAGACCGCAAAAAGCCGGAGCUCUGCACCCACCGCCUUGGACAGCUCCUGCCAGAGGCGGUCGUUCACAUAUGCUGCUGUUACAGUGGACCGCUCCGAAGCCGGAGCCCUGCACCCACCGCCGUGGACCGCUCCUGUAAGAGACGCCACUCGCACCCACUGCCUUUAGCAGCAGACCACAAAAGCCGGAGCUCCAUGAGUUCUUUAAAUGCAAGUCUUUCGCAGAAUAUCUCUAUUAUUCAUCCUGAAUACUUUUUCAUCCUGGGACUUUCAGGUAUACCUGACAGCAAUUAUUAUUACAUAUUCUUAUUUAUGAUUUAUUUUAUUACUGUAAUUGGGAACUCUUUAGUCCUUUUCAUUAUUGCUCUCGACCGGAACCUGCACAGUCCAAAGUACAUUGGUGUGUUUAACUUGGCCUUGGCUGAUAUUGGUGAAACUAAUGCACUGAUUCCUAACAUGAUGAAGACUUUGUUAUUUGACUCACGGUACAUCUCCUACAAUGCUUGUUUAGUGAACAUGUUUUUUGUGUUCCUCUUCAGUUCCAUGCAGAGUCUCACUCUUGUUGUUCUGGCAUAUGAUCGUUUGAUUGCAAUUUGUUUGCCUUUAAGAUAUCAUGUUAUUGUGAACAAAAGCAAUAUGUGUUUUGUUUUGUCAGCAAUAUGGGUGUUUAAUUCUGUUAUUGUGGCAUCAAUGGUAUCUUUGAUCACCCAGAUUUCAUUCUGUAAAUCCAAUGUGAUACUGAGUUAUUUUUGUGAUCAUGGACCAGUGUAUAGGUUGGCAUGCAAUGAUAAUUACAUUAAUAAGAUUAUGGGAUUUCUGUAUACAACUUUAUACCUUAUAGCACCGAUGCUCGUCAUAGGCCUGUCAUAUCUGGGAAUUUUUUUUGUUGUAAGGAAAAUAAGAACUUGGGAAGGGCGAAUAAAAGCUCUAAAGACCUGUGUUUCUCACCUGUUGUUGGUAGCAAUAUAUUUCCUCCCAAUAUUCUUCACAUACCUUACUUCAUUAUUGCUUUAUAGCACUCCCAAUUCAAGGGUCAUCAGCACAUCUCUGGCUUAUGCUGUUCCAGCAAUGCUAAAUCCCAUCAUUUAUGUUUUGAAUACAGCUGAAAUCAAAGACAUAAUUAAAAAAGCGAUUAGAAACAGAUCUAAAAUUGAUAGAACUUCAAAAUGA